UCCUUUCUAAACUACCAUCUCGGAAUCUUCACUUUCCAUAUUGCCAUCAGCAUCACAUACUCUAUGCAAAUAUAGAUCUUCUUUAAUUGCUGCUGUCUUGACUCUUUUGUCACUUCGUUAGUCCAUCCCAACCACCUAUCUCAUUUCUCCCUUGUUUGGCUUGCCACCUCCGCUUUGGUCUACGGACUGGUUCUCAGGUGGUCAGGAUGCCGCUUCUUGGUGGCGUGGCACUUGUCGCACUGUGUCUGGCGUCGAGCAUAUCUGCAUCGUCCGGCUCGGUAGUGAAGUACUGUGGUGACGGACCCUAUAAUGAGGAUAAGUACACUUGCUUCGACGAUAAGACUCUCUGUCCCAAAAUCAAUGGCAAGGUGACCAGAGUAUGUGGGAGAUCCUGCUACUAUGAUGAUAGAUUCUCAUGUGAUGGACACGGGGGACUGGAACCGCUUAAGCGUCCAAAAGCGAAGUUCACUCUCUCCGUUGACUCCCCCGGCUUUCAUUUGGACAAGACGGCCAUUCAAGCUUGCAAUGGCAAUUUCUGGGUCCGUGACGGCCCGCCUUGCCAGGUCUGCUCUCCACACUGGAAGCGUGAGGCCGAGACGCUAGCGGAUAGCGAAGAGAGAGGCGAACACGAGAAUUCGUGGUGGUCCCACGAACUCGAGCAUUCGUGGUGGUCCUCCGCCAGCAGCUCGGACGGGUACUCCAAUGUCGACCCCCAGUUCAAAUGCGAGAAAGGUAAGACCUGUCAUUACCAUCUCCAUAUCGAAGACCCCGGCAAAUUCGAAGUCCCUUGCAAAUGCGAUGGGACGCAUCCAUGCCAUUGCGAGGACAAAUACUUCCAUUCCACGUGCAACGGAGACACCCAUUGCGACUUCAAAGUCACGGUCUUGGAUCAGGAUCCUUGCCAUGGAGGUAACUGCAAUGUCCUAGUCCUUCCACCGAAGGACUUUGGCCUGCCUUGCCACUGCGACCCGGGCAAGCAAUGUCACUGCGAGGAGAAGCCCAUUCAUUGCGAAUGCGACAAGGGUAGGCAGUGUGACUGCAUUAUCUCUUACUGGGAACCUGUCCUUCCUUACCAUUGCGAGGAGGGCAAGCCUUGCGAAUACAGUGCCCACCACUCCCACCAAUCUUCGUCCAGCUCCGACCACUCCGGCCAUCACGGUGACAAGCGAAGUCUUGACGAACGGGGGUGUAAACACUGCUCUUCUUCUUCUUCUUCUUCCUCUUCUUCUUCAUCCAGCUCCGACGACGAGUCUUACUAUAAAAAUUAUAUGGCCAACUGCAAUGUGAACUGCAAACAGAACCAGCCAUGCGAGUGCAAUCAGCAUCAGCAUCAUCGAAGUCUCGAGACACGCGGGUUUUCCCUGCCUGGAAAGAAGGGCAAGAGCGGCAAGAAAAGUAAGAACAGCAAGAGCAAGAGCAGCAAGAGCAGCAAGAGCAGCAAGCACUGCCAUCACUGCGAUUCUUCAUCCAGCUCAGAUAGCGAUGACCCCUUCAAACUCCAAUGCAAGGACCAAAACUGCCACAUUAUCUACAAGGAGCUCUACCAGUGCUUCGGCGAUCGUCCGGUGAAGGAAUGCUUGCAGGCAUAUCCAGAGCACAGCAAGCACCUUGACAAGUGUUGCGAUGGUAGCUGCAAGGACACGGAUAAGGACAAUGGCAAGGUGUGCGAGACGUACCAGAAAGCCAAACAUGAUGCAUGCGGCGGUGGCGAUGAUUGUGUCUUCUGGGAGAAGAUCCACCACGACAAUGACCACGGCGAUGACCACCAUGGCGGGGAUUGCAACUGCGACCACCAUGGCAAGCGUGAGGCGGAGGAGAUCGAGCGAGACCUCGCCAACCAGACACACCUGGCCCAGCCGGCAAUGGUUCGCCUUGGAAGGACGCAUGAACCCAUCUUCUUCGGAACCGAGAAGAAGGCCCGUGGCGAGACUGAGUGCUUAUGCAAGCAAGCAGUCCCCCGAACUGCUGAGGAGGUGUUCUACAACGCGCUGCAGAAGAACCUGCGUGUGCAUGGGAAGUGUCGUCGUGAGCUGAACACUGUGCUUUUCCCUGGAUUUGAGAUGGCCAACUCCGAUGCCGACCAUCCGCAGCUCUACUUCAUGCGCAGGGACGGCGCCCUCUCGUACAACCUCCCCUCCGGCAAGGUUGACCUCUCAUCCACAGCGAAGCCCAUUGACAUCGGAAGAAGCUCCGUCGUCGGUGCCUCAGUUCGCCAACCCGAAAGUCACAUGGCCAUCGGCGACAACGUGAACUUCCUGGCCUGCUCGACUUGCAGUCAGGGUGCGCAACCUGGUCGCGAUGAAGCUUGUGCAUGGCAGAUCUACAGCCGGUCCGUCUUCGACUCAAUGGGCGGCGCCGAUCGUGUCAAGGAGCUCAAUAAGCCGGCCAAGCGUGAGUCGGACUACAAGCUUCCCCUCGAUGAGGUCGAGAAGGCCUACCUGAAGAGGAUGGGCCGCUGCACCCCGAUUCAGAUCAAGAUGACACCCUACAAAGGCGCCACGCCUUACCGAUACGCAUGAUGGACCAUUUCAGAUUGAUUGACGCGAUGCUUGAUGUUGGCUAUCACUCUGACAUGCAUGAGCCUCCGGAUUCAGCUGCGCCAAAUUGUCCCGAUGCACCCCGAGCGCAUGUUGAAGAACGAGGUUGGUCGGUUUUGGGCUUGGUUUGGGAUGGGGUCUACUAUGUCUUUUCUUUUCUUUUCUUGUGCUUCUUGCUUCGAGGCCUAUUUUUUCUGCUUACCUUCUUCCUGAAGCUUUCUCGCGAUCUCGUCGUCGGAUGGGUCCACACACUCCUCCACCUGGACUUUUGGGGGGCAGUGGGAAAGGUCUCCAUUUUCGUUUUGUACUGGUUCGGACAAACACUCUUCCUAUUAGCAAUAGGGCGUAGGGUACUUGAUAGAGAAUGGUUCAUAA